AUGAAGUAUCUUUUCGUGGUUGCCCUUAUUGCCCUGGCCAUUCAGGUUGCGUCAUCUGCUAGUACCACAACAACCACGGAUGCCACCACCACAACAACAACCACUACUGCAGCAUCAACCACAACAACAACAACGGCCGCUUCCACUCACAAAAAGCUUUGUUGGAGGGGCAACAAUUGGUGCCACACCCGCAUUCCCAAGCGGAAGUGCAAGAAUCCAAAGAGGUGCCACAAGACCAUCGUGAUUGUGACACACAGAAAAGACUAG